AUGAUGAAGGAGGAGCAUACUCCUAUAGAUGGUGGCAGCAGCCACAGUUGGGCGCGUGUGUGCGACGCGUGCCAUUCGGCAGCGUGCACCGUGUACUGCAGGGCUGACUCUGCCUACCUAUGCUCUGGAUGUGAUGCCCGUAUCCACGCCGCCAACAGGGUGGCAUCGCGCCAUGAGCGCGUGUGGGUGUGUGCGGCGUGUGAACGUGCUCCGGCAGCCUUCAUUUGCAAGGCUGACGCGGCAUCACUCUGCACCACUUGUGAUGCGGACAUCCACUCCGCCAACCCUCUGGCGCGCCGCCACCACCGUGUCCCCAUUCUUCCCAUUCCCGGCUGCCUCUACGGCUCCCCAGCCACCGACCCAGGGGGCUCCAUAAUUGGGACCCCAGGGGAUGCCGAGGAUGGGUUCUUGGCUCCAGAGGCUGACGAACCAAUUGAUGAAGACGAUGAAGAUGAAGCGACUUCAUGGUUGUUGUUUAAUCCUGUUAAGAACACCCACCAAAGCAACGAUGGGGUUUUGUUUGGUGGAGAGGGAGUUGAUGAGUACCUGGACUUCGUUGAGUACAAUUCAUGUCAAGAGAGUCAGUUCAAUGACAAGUAUAAUAAUCAGCAGCAACGCUAUUCUGUGCCUCAGAAGAGCUAUGGAGGAGAUAGUGUUGUGCCAGUUCAGUGUGGAGAGGCGAAGGAUCAGCUUCAACAGCAGGAACACCAGAAUUUUCAGCUGGGGAUCGAAUAUGAGGCAUCAAAGACGGGGUAUGGUUACCCUGCUUCAAUCAGUCACAGUGUAAGUGCUUCACUAAAUCAACAGAUACUCCUCCAAUUAUGCUGA